AUGAACUCGAGCAGCGACCGCCUCGCGCUCGCCGGCCACAGCCUUCGCUCCGUCUCCGCGUCGGUGAAGAUGAGACACGGGCUGGCGCUCCCGCCCGAACCCGGUAUCCCCGCGUCGUCGCACGGCAGCGGCGUCCCGGUGCUGAAAUCCUCGCACCUCUUGUCCAUCAGGAUCCCCCCCGCGUCAAACGCGCCCUGCGCAGCCUUGUUGACGACUUUCCGAAACGGAUCAGACGGCGUCGCCGGCGGGUUGGGCCCGACGGGUUCGCACAGCUGUGACCACUCCGCCUCCGCCGCCGGGAGGGACCCGUUGGCGUACAGCGCCGCCGCGAGCGCCGCCCUGGCCUCCCAGAACUGGCCCCCGCGACCGGCGACCGGCGACGGGCCCUUAUCGAGCCGAGCCAACGCGUUCGCCGCGAACCCCACGUCGCCGGCGCCCCACCGAGCCAUCGCCGCGUUGAAGUCGAGCCGCUGCGCCACCGUCGGGGGUCCACCCCGCAAACCCGCGAGGAGCGCGGUGGUGGGGACGUCGAUGCCGCCGUUCUCCGCGACGCCCGCGGCGCCCCCCGCGGCGAGCGCGCGUCUGCUCGCGUCCACCGCGGCGGGCCAGUCGGCGAGGGCGCCGAGCGCGAGACUCCUGCCGUCGUGCGCCAGCGCGAGGGUCAACGCGCCGGCGCGGUCCCGGCUCCCCGGCCCCGAGGAUUCGAGCGCGAGCUCGAGGAUGUCGGUGGCCUCGGCGUACGCGCGCUCGGCGUCGGUCCACCGCGAAAGCCCGCCCAGGCACGUCGCCCUCGAGUACAUCCAGUUCCCACCCGUGGGCGUGGCGAGCUCUCCCGAUCGCCUCGCGAGCCGGACGACCUCGUCCCAGACCUCGAGCGCGAUCUCGGCGUCGGGCUCCUGCGACGCGAGGGACGCGAGGUUGGACGCCUCGGAUGCGCGCGCGGGUCGCGCGGGGAUGGGGAUGGACGCGCCGACGCCGGCGGCGAGGAACAGCGCCCGCCUCCCGGACGACAACGAUCGGCCCUCGGAAGCGCCCCUCGAGAUGGCGUUCAGGAACGCGCUCCCCCCUCGGGAGCAGGCGCUCGCGGAGCUGGCGAUGUGCGACCCCGCGGACCUCUCCAAGGUUCAGAAGCUCCGGGUGAUCCACUCGCGGUGCGCGCAGGCCGGCGUCCUCACCGGCGCCUCCGUCAGCUCCGCCUCCGCGACGGCGCACGCGGCGUCGGCGGCCGGCGACGGCGCCUCGGACGUCGCCAAGCUCCACCAGCUCUUCGACGCGGCGGUCGCCAACGGCAUGCCCCAGCUGGUGUGCCACUACGUCGACGAGGUGUGCGGCCACGACGACUUCUCCUCCCCCGACGGCGUCGAGGCGUACCUCCAGGACGGCGAGAUGGUUGCCGAGUGGGCCGCGUCUUCGCUUCGAUCCGCGGAGCAGGCGUUGGACCAGGCGGCGGCGUUGCGCACCCAGGGCGCCGCGGACGAGGUCGACCGCGCCGGCGCCGUCUUCGAGGCGCUCCGCGACGUCCUCGUCGCGCUCGGCGCGGACCCCGCCGCGGGCGGCGACAGCGCCGAGGCGGCGGAUGCGGCGACGUCGACACAGCUGGCGCAGCUGUCGGCGGAUGGAAGCCCCGGGUUCCAACGGAGGCUGCAGGUGGCGCACGACGACGCCGCGCGGCGGAUGCAGCACGCCGCGGCGCUCUCCUGGGCGCUGCGCGAGGGACUCGUCGCCGGCGCCGCGGCGUCGCAGGACAGGUACGGGGGCCCCGCGCAGUGGGCGUCGGAGGUUACCGUUCGGCGAGCCGCGGCGGCGGCGGCGGCGGCGGCGGCGGACCUACCGCCCGACGCCGACGGCGGCGGGCUCUUCCUCGACGAUCUACUCGCGGGCGUGGGCGUGCACGCGCCGCCGUACCCGUUCAAGUCCGCGACGGAGGCUGCGGAGAGGGUGUUCAGGCACGGGAGCGCCGCGCCCGCCGCCCUCGUCGCCAAGCAGAGCCUCUUCCUCUACUACCUCCUCGACGCCGGCUUGCCCCCCGACGGCGCCCCCGCGAGGUUCGCGUCGCACGUCCGCCUGCACCCGCGGCUCUUCGUCGAGACGCGGUGCGCGGCGCUGCUCGACGACCACUCGCGCGGCUCGUCGCUCGAGCUGGCGUGCGCCCUGCUCCCGGGCGCUUCGCACCCCGGUUUGCCACUCCGGUUCGUCGCGACGCUCGCGGCGAGGGGAAAGCCGGCGGAUGCGCUCGCCGUCGCCAGGGCGCGGCGGAGCGACGUCGCCGCGGGGUUCAAGGGCAGGAACCUGACGCAUUCGAAUGGAACGGUCGGCGUCGGGGGUACGGGUGACGCGUCGACAGGCGGCGCGGACGGCUACGUGACUGACGCGACGGUGGAAGCGGAGCUCGGCGUCGCCGUUCGGCUGGAGUGCGGCCUCGCCACCGAGGCGUUCGUCUGCGCCAGGGACGCCGUCGCCGCCGCGCCGCACGCGUCCAGGCGCGCCGUGGCGGAUAAGCUCGUCGCCAGGCUGGCGUCGCACGCGGCGGCGCGCGGCGCGCUCGAGUCGGUCCUCGACCUGCCCUUUGACGGGGAGCUCGAGCCGGCGCUCAUGUCGUGGCUGGAUUCCAACGCCGGGACCGCCGCGGGCGCCGCCGAGCACCUCGGCGUGGUCUACUAUCUCACCCGGGGCAGGACGACGGAGGCGGCGGCGCGCGCGGCUGCGCUGGCGGGGGGCGCGAGGGCUCUCCCCGCGGACGCGUUGGCGGCGCUCGAGGCGGCGGUGCGAUCGAUGCCGGAGUCCAUGCAGAGGCUCCACCUGGUCGGCGCCGCGGAGGCGAGAGACGAGGCUGGCGGGGGUAAGCGCGCGCUCGCGAGGGGCCUCGUGGUGCAGCCCGCGACGCCGAUGGACUUUGCGAAAACCCCGGCGGGCGCGAUCCUGCCCUCGGAGAAGUCGCCGUCCGCGGGCGGGGUGCUCCGCGCGAUGGGGGGAGCGCUAGCCGAAGGCGAGCCGAAGAGCGCAGGCGGCCACGUACCCUUCUUCGCCGCGCCGCUCGCGGCAUCCGCCGCCGCCGCUAACACCCUGGGCGAGGCCGGGCUGGACUCCGGGCUGGACGCCGGCGUGUCCGAAGACGGCGCCAUCGACGCGUCCCCCGGGCCCUUGGCUCGCGCGGCCGAUGAGACGGGCCGGCCGGGCAGGGCGGCGACGGGCGGCGGUGGCGACGCGUGGACGGCGCUGGAUCUUCGCGGCGACGGGGACGGGGAGGACGAGGCGAUGGACGUCGACGCUGACGACGGGGACGACGCGGGGGACGGGUCAGACGGGUCGGACGGGUCAGACGAGGGGUUCAGGGGAGCCCGUCGCGUCGAGGGUCCCCGAGCCCGCGGCGGUGUUUAG